UAUUUGAUUACCAUAAUAUGUGACGAACUUACUAUACAUAUGCAAUAUAUUAAUUACUAUAUUGAUUUUAUUUUUAAGACACAAAUCAAUAUUAUUACAAUUAGUUCAAAUUUAUUCGGACCAAAAGAAUAUUUGUUUUAUUUUUUUUACAAUGGAAGAUUUUGUGCAUUUUUACCUUUUUUUUUCGGAACAAAGUCAAAAUUGUAAUAUCAUUAUCCUAUUUGCUUUUUUUGUUUUCAUUUUUUUCCUUUUUCCGAGGGAAAAGAAACGUAAGUAUAUCAUAGUUUUUGGCCAAAUUCAAAGUAUCUCUCCUACUCGCAGUCUGUGCAGACCGCCACUUGCAGCUGUGGGUUUCCUAAUGCUUUCCAUUUUCCGGAGUAUUCUAUAAUCUCUGUCACCUUCCUUCCUUUCAUUCGCUUCUUCCCACCGCUUCCUCCUCCCUAUUUAAGUUAUCCCUUCUGUAAUUUUACAGACUUUUCCCCACACAAAGAUUCUUUUUUUACAAUCUUCGAUGAGUUCUACACCCACCGCCGCCGGCGCCGGCGCCGAGACGGAUCGAUUAACGCCGCCGAGGCUAGAAGAUCUGGCGCGGCGGACCGCCAGGACUUUACUCCUCCCUUACAUCAUCAACUACGCCGCCACCCACGGCCCAUCCGAUGAACCCCGGGAGGUCGCCGUCAUCGUCAACCCCCGGACGGGAUCGCUGACGAUGAUCGACGGCGAUCUCGAUGGGUCUCCUCUGUCGGGUAAGGAAGGGCUUGUGCCGGCCUCCAAGGAAUCGAUUGAUUCCCUGCCGGCGAUUGAAGUCGGCGAAGAGGGUUUCGAUUGCGCGAUUUGUUUGUCGGAGUUUGAAAUCGGAGAGGAGGCUAAGCAAAUGCCUUGUAAGCACAAGUACCAUCCGGGUUGUAUUGAGAAAUGGUUGGGGAUCCAAGGAUCUUGCCCGGUUUGUAGGUUUAGGAUGCCCAAGGAGGAAAACGAAGAGGAAGAGGAUAAGGAAGGUGAAGAUGUUAACGUUAACGUGGAGGCGGAGGAAGAAGAAGAGGCGGGGGAGGAGGAGGAGGAGGACGGCGGGGAAGGGGAGAUGGAGGAGGAGGAGGAAGACUCGCCGGAGGAAAGGGAAAGAUUCUUAGCGUUGAAUCGGAUACCGACUUUUGUGUUUCACAUCUAUUUUGCGGGGCGAACCCGACCCUUAAGGAAUCCGGGUGGGCGGUCCCGUCAAGCAAAUGUUGAUAAUGGUGGUAUGCAGGAAAACGAAACAAUUGAGGACGAUGGAUCCGAGGCAAGUGAAUCCGGUGGGGAAGAAGAAGAAGAAGAAGAAGAAGGAGAUGGAUAUGGGUCAGCAGCUGAGGACAUGGAUGUGGAUGUCGGGUCAAUGGAUAUGGAUGUUGAUAGAAUUGCUUAAGUCUUAGGUUUUUUCUAAUUGUUUAAAAAAUUAGUUUUGUCCCGAAUUUUCAUAAUCUACUUGUGCUCAAUGUUCGGUGUAUAUAUAUAUCAUUUAGGCAUUAGAGAAAUCAAAUUUAAUUUAUACUAUAUUUUUUUUUUUGGUAGGAUAAUUGGUUUUUGGCCUUUGAAAUUUGAAUUGUUGUAGUAAAUCUUUGGAUAUAUAAUUUUUGGGAGGGAAAUUGUUUUUUAUUCCCCGAGCUUUGUUUCAAUGAAUUUGCAAAUAAAUGGGGGAGAAAAUAUCUACGGGUACAUUCAUACAACAUGGACGUGACUGAAUAUUUGAGCAAAAAAGGUUUCAAAAUUUUCAAGAGAGAACCCAAAUUUAUUACUAGUAUUUUUUUUCCCCCCCUCAGAAAAUACGCGCAAUUAUGC